AUUCUCUCUCUCACUUCCCAAUAUUUUCAGGAUUUAUUUUAUCCAAGGAAUGAAGAAUUCUCUACUAAUUUACACAUGGAAACAUUAGAGUUACCUAGUAUUGAAAAGAGAAUUAUUCUAAUUUACCGAGAUUAUGUUUACACUGGAAAACUUGAAGAUCUAGAUAAUAUUGAAGAUAUUUGGAGUCUUUAUCACGUAGCUCAUCUAUAUAAUUAUAAAGGACUUCAAGAGACUUGCUUGUCCAGAGUAAUGGAAAGAAUGACAAUAUGCAAUGUACUUUUUAACAUUGAACAGGGAUUUAGAUAUGUAUUACAUGAUGUGGUCGCAGCUUGUUGGCUUAUAAUAGAUAACUCUACACCUCUCAUUUUCAAACAGAACAAUUGGACUUCCAUCUCUAAGGAAAAUAUUUCAACUUAUUUCAACUUUUUCAUUUCUUUCGUUCAUCGUUAUAUGACCCAUUUCGUUCGUGUUAUAUUCAAUUUAAAAAAAUGA